CACUCCUCGACACUGAUCAGACCUGCUCACCAACAGGACACAAUGUGGCUCGCUGUAUUUUACAUAUGGGGAAGCCUGUUAGCAUUUUCUGUGUGUGACAUCUGCCCAGAAACCUCAGAGGACGCUUCAUGGGUAAAGCUGAAGCCCCUGGGGCACUGCGGGGACGAGGAGAACUUGUGCCCUUAUCAACUCACCCUCCCUCCUCUCUCAAUCCAGCUUCCAAGGUCUUUUAUGGAGCUGGAAAAAAUGGCCAAGGAGCUGCACAACCUAAAGGAAGUGGUGAACCAGCUGAGGAAGGACUGCCAAGAAUGUAAGGACGGGCAUAGUAUUGAGAGGGGUGAAUGGAAGGACCACAGCGAAGAAGAGGAAAAGAGACCUCAAAGUCUAAGGCAUAACAUUAGCAUCAAGGAGACACAAAGUCAAAGUGGAGAACAAGUUGUCCGGAUCUUCACUUCAACCCUACCGCAAAGAGACACAUCAGAAGGUGAAGGAACUGUCAAGGGUGGCGUGAAGAGGCUUGAUCAUUCCAUUCUGGAAAGUCAGAGAUGGAACACUGAUCAGAGGAUUGAUCUAAACCAAGGCACCACAGAUCAGAGGUCUGAGAUGAGCAGGGAAGUAAAAAUAUUUAACCCCUCGCUUGAUGAGACAGCAGAGGAUAUAUCUGAGGUCAAACUGGUGGCCUCACCUACACCUGAAGAGAGGGAACUCAAGCCUAAGCAAAGUGAAUUAAUAGAACCAUCCCUUCCUAGAAAAAAGGACUUUGUGCAAUUCGCAACCCAUGGGAAUCUACAGCCAAACAACCACAGGUAUGGACAUGUAAAGAACAUCAGUAGCAUCCUGGCGGCGAGAAGAAGAGUGCAGAAUGUGCCUGAUCAGAACAGGUUAAGCAGCAUUUCAAGAGAUGCUAACACUAAGACAAUGGAUUUAAGCACAUCAGCUGGGAUCAGAAGGGUUGUAAAGUUUCCUGGAGUAGGUGGACCAUUGAGGCCAAAGGGAUCCUACAUAAACAGUAGAGUUGUCAAGGCUAACAAUGAAGACAGACUGAAGAACCCUGCUCUGGUGAGGAAGACUAAUCCACAAGCUGGGGACAUGACGGUCAAGAUUGAGCCAGAAGGGGCUGGAUUUUCCCCAGUGAGAAGUGGCGUUAUGAGGGUAAAGGAAACAAGUUCUCAUGUAGCAAACACAAAACCUGGUGUAAUCAGUGGACUGAUCCCGUCAACAGAUGACCAAAACAAACAAGACAUCAGUAGGGUUUCUGGUCCCAGAACAGAUGAUGGACAUGCCCUGAAAAAUGCAAGCCAAGCCACUAUACUCAUUGAGGACAAUUUGAGAAAGGUAAACAAGACUGAGAUUGGAAGACUUCCAAAAAAACAUAGUAAAGAAAACCAAGGAGAUGUGAGUCUCAUAGCCACAAAUAAGUCAAUCUCUAGCGUUAUAAACCAAGCUGAACAGCCAAACAUAUUUAAAGAGGAAAAGCAGCAUGCGGGACUGAGUGAAAGUCUGGUAGUUAUUAGUAGAGAAGCAGAGACUAGCUCCAAAGUGGAUAGAGAGGACUUGCCUUUCCGAGGCAGACAGGUGGAAAAUGAAAAAUAUCUAAACCCAAACACAGAAACUAAUAAUGGACAAAUUGAUUCCACAAUUUUGGAUAAAGCUGAUAUCACUUUGAAUGAAAGGACAGUUAAUCCACUGUCAGCUGAUCUUAAAGAUAAGAUAUGGCCAGGAACGUUCAUUGAAGGGGCAAAGGAGGACACCGGCAUUAACUCACUGAGUGCAGGGACAGUGAAGGAGGACAUCCCGAGGCACAGCAAAGCCAUCUUGUUGGAAAAAGAUCUAGUGAAGCCUAACCUUGUCCCAACUGUAAAGAGUAAAUUGAUAGAUAGUACAGCGAAUUUGACCAGUACAGUUCAAUCACCUGUGGUAGGCCAGGGGACAAGGAGAAUUUCAAUAACUCCACCCAAAGCUAAAGUUGAAGAGGAACCGGCAAAGAAUAGCGAGAACAUCAGCAAGAUACAUGAAGUAAGUCCAGACAACAUAAGAUAUGUGAUGCCAAACCUACUAAGACACCCUGAGAUGCAUCCAACAACUGUGAUUUCACCUAGAGGCCCCAAACUAAGACAACCUAAUAUUAUAAACAAAAUGUCAGGAAACAGGACUACUAGAGUACCUUCGAAGCUGUCCAUUCCGGUCAGAAGCAGCAAAAUAGCCAGGAAAAAUGGCACUGGAAUUAUAAAACAAAGUUACAUGAGGAAGAAGCCAAUCUCUCAAACUGAGACAAAUAUAAACAGAGGUGGCUUCAAUACAAACGUAAGCACAGUGACUCAAUUCUUCAGUCCCACUGCUACAACAUCUACUGUAGAACAAGAACAAAAAGAAGAAAUCAAACACAUCCCGCAGGUGACAAGGUCAAACGUAUUGGAUAAUCAUUGGUUAAAAUACAACAUUACAGAUUCAAAAUCACAACCAGAGAUUCAAAAUGCAGGUGAUGUACAAGAUUUGGAUAAGGUUCAAGAAGAUAAGUACCGAAUUAGAGACAACGGUGAGACUGUGUUGAUAUCAAACAUUGGGAACCAUGCAGAGGAUUCUAAAACUCGAAGUGGAGUAUCAAAUUCACCUAUUGAUGGGAAAGAAAGCAAGAUAUUUAGUUUGGGAACCGCUGAUAGCAGCAGUCAACACCCAUUUGAAGUGGAAAAGACCAGCAGCGGGAAGAAAAGGCCAACUGGAUCCACCUUACAGAAAGAGAAACCAGGAACAACUCAAUUCACAACCUCAACGCUCUCUUUUACGGACACAGACCAUAAAGAUGGUACAAAAAACAUUCGUACAGUGACAAACAUACAUGAUGAAAUGGCUAAAAAUGUCAGCCAGGACACACCCAUAAGCUUUGAAAAUAUCGGAGCAACAAGAGAACUGGAACUUACUACAUUUAAUAAAGACAGAGUGGAAGAAAACACUGGGGAGAUAUUAUCCAACCCAAAUAGUGAGGACACGGACCAAGGUUAUAGCGAAGGGAGGUACACAAUUCCAGUUGUUUUGGAAACGCUUACAAAUGUUGAAGAAAUUAAAGGCUCAAAGCUUUUCUCACUCAGCCCUGAGGACACAGCUGAGGGAUUUAAAUCACAUGCAGUCAGUGAUGAGGUAACAGAGAGAGAGCAAGUAGAGAAAAAGAUCAACAGCACCUGUCUCAGUGAUUGUAACACUACGCCAACCCAAAAGUCCACAACCCAGACCAGGCCUCCAUUGAACUCUGGAAGAGAAAAAGGACCCGCACAAGACUGCGCUGAUUACAUUACGAAAUCACGAAGGAAUAGUGUAUACAGAGUUACGCCGCGGCCGAAAAACAGCACGUUUCCUGUUUUCUGUGACAUGGAGACCUCUGGUGGGGGCUGGACAUUGAUUCAGCACCGUUUUGACGGCAGCACAAGCUUCAAUCGCACCUGGGACGAGUACAAGAAUGGAUUUGGUAAACUGAUAGGGGAGUUUUGGCUGGGCAAUGACAAGAUUCACUUGCUGACAAAGGCAAAAAACAUGUCAUUGCGAAUAGAAAUCGAAGACUUUGAGGGUGUCAGAGAAUAUGCCCAUUAUGACCACUUCCAUGUAGCCAAUGAAAGCCAACAAUACCGCCUGUCCAUCGGUGGCUAUUUCGGUACAGCCGGUAAUGCCAUGCAGUUCAGUAAUAAAUUCAAUCACGACCAGAAGCUUUUUACUACACCGGACAGAGACAAUGACCAGUAUCCCUCUGGAAACUGCGGGGCCUAUUACAGCUCAGGCUGGUGGUUUGAUGCAUGCAUGUCUGCAAACUUAAAUGGGAAAUAUUAUCAAUCAAAGUACAAAGGGGUACGUAAUGGGAUAUUUUGGGGUACGUGGCACAACAUUACAAUGGAAUAUUACCCAACCAAUGAAAGACAAGCUUUUAAGACUGUUAGAAUGAUGAUAAGACCUAAACAUUAUGCAAACUAAUAUUUACCUACCAAUCCUAAAACCUACCAAUUAAAUUAAAUGAAGCUAUCUUUUGAAUUUGUAGGAUAAAAGAAAACAGAAAGUCCUUAAAGUAAAGUACACUCUUGUGUUACUGAUCUAUAAUAGUAAAUUGUUGGAAUUUGAAUAAACAUUGACAAAUGUUUCUGUAUCUAUGUUGUUUUUGAAAACUGUACACAUAUGCAUUAGUAUACACAACUGAGCCCUCUUGUGUUGCUUUAUAAAUACUGUAUUGCAUAAAACAAUGCUAUUUACAGAUUCAGCUACUUUUUUUGUAUUUUUUUUUUUACUUAGAAAACACCAAAAUGUUUGUAAGUCUGGGCCAAUCCAUAACUAUGUUUACAUGGAUAUAUGCACUAUUUAUUGUCAGUUUUUUAAUAGCUGAAUUAAAGCAUCUGUAAUUUUCUAUUA